GUGGCGGUGAGUGUCGUUGAUGGUUGCCGGCCAUCGCGGGGCUGCCCUGGCUGGACUGUGGGGGUUGGGGAGAUUGCCGGCGGCUGGGAAUUUCCUGCCCUUACGCCGCCGUUGCAGCCUGGGAAGGGUUCGGCUUCGCCAGUCACGUGGCCCGAGCGGAAGUGAGGAAAUUGGGAGCUUUGGAAGAUUCCCUUAAACUUUGCUGGUUUCUGGUUUCACAGGGAGGGCUCCCAACCUAUUGUUGCAGAGUUUUGGUCACUAAGACCAGCAUUUCAAUUCCCAAUAGGUCUGCAGUCUCUCCUCCAGCCCAGUAGAUUGUAACAAGAGCACAUACCAGAAUACCCAGGUCAAACCAAUUCUUGAGACAGCAUGGCAUUCCCAAUGGGUAUCCCCCUGUAUACCAUCAUUGUGGAAGAUGAGGAGGAGGAGGAAGAGGAACAGCAGCGUAUGGAGGCAAAGAGAAUAAGGCAACAUGGCAAAAGGCACCAUCCUACCAGGUACUAUCCUCCACAGCGGAUCUAUAGACAACGGCAGUCCUUUGAGGAUCUCUCGGAAGAUCUCUGUAUUCGAAGAGUGCGGCUGUCCAAGGGUGCCAUUGCAAAUUUGUGUGACCUCCUACGUGAGGAUCUUCAGCCGCACUCUACUGCCAGAACGGCAUUGUCUGUGGAAAUGAAAGUGACCACUGCCCUGAACUUUUUCGGCACGGGAUCUUUCCAGGGUGCGACGGGGAACAUGUGCAACAUCAGCCAGGGAGCAGUGAGGGCGGCCAUUCAACAGGUCACUGAUGUGCUCUUCAACAGAGCUGCAGGGUUCAUCAACUUUGGUAUUACGCCCAGGCAGCAGAGGGAAAGAGGCAAGGACUUCUGCUGCAUUGCUGGAUUCCCUAAGGUGCAGGGCAUUAUAGGAGGCACACACGUGGCACUAAAGGCACCGGCAGAACAGCCACUCAUAUUCGUGAACAGAAAGGGGUUCCACUCGCUGAAUGUUCAGAUUGUCUGUGACGCCCACCAGAAGAUCCUGUACGUAAACGCCAAGCAUGCCGGCAGCUGUCACGACGCUGUCAUCGUGCAACACUCAACACUCCCUGACCUCUUCCACGAAGACAACCACGUACAGGGGUGGCUUCUCGGAGACGAGGCGUAUGCACUACAGACAUGGCUCAUGCCUCCACUGAGCCAACCCAGAACACAGGCUGCGGAGGCCUACAACCAGGCUCAGGCAUUGACAAGAGCUGUGGUGGAGAGGGCCAUAAGACUGUUGAAGAGCAGAUUCCGCUGCUUGGACAGAUCCAGCGGAGCUCUGCAGUACACGCCCCAGAGGGUGGCAAGAAUUGUCAUAGCAUGCUGCGUGUUGCACAAUUUUGCACUAGAGGAAGGCCACCUCUUCAACAUAGACGACGAGGAGCCACUGUUGCCGGAAGAGAGAGAAUUGCAGGCCCCAGCAUUUGAAGAGGAUGAUCAGGUGGAGGAUUCAGCCCUGGAUGUGGCAAGGGCCAUCCAGAAGCAGAUUGUGCAGGAAGAGUUCAGUCACUGACAUUGAACUGCAACACUAACUCCUGUGCCAGAGAGAGAAAUAAACGUUCAAACCACUACCAAUCUUAGCAUUAGUAUGUGACUGCUGAGCAGCCGACAAAGCCCAAAUAGCACUGUGACAAUAUUUAUCUCCCGAGGACAAAUGUUCAUACUGGUUGAAUGUUUCCCUUCUUGAAUGACCUCACUAUUCAUGAAUAACGGAACAUAAUUAGUGCAAAGUGUACAGUAAUAAAAACAUGUUUUCAACUGAA